AUGCUUCGCUUCGCCCUCUUCCUCGCCGUCGGGACCCUCGCGACGCUGUCAGUGUCAGCCACCUCGUCUCUCGACAAGAAGUGGGACAAACAGUUCAGGAGCAAGAUCAGUGAGUCGCAGCCGCCGAGUGGUACCUGCUCUGUGUGCUUUUACGAGCGCACGAACUUUGCUGGACCCGAGUUCUGCGUCGGCAAACGGGCAAAGGGGUGCAUCGACGCAAACCCGAUUGUUGCACCAGGCGCGAUCAAGAGCAUCAAGUUUGGCAACGGCUGCGACCUCGUCGUGAAUAUCCGCGUGACGGACGCGCCUUUCGACGAGCACGUUGCUGUCUUUUCAGCGGACGUUGCCGACACGGGCUACAACCUCACCACGUCCAAGCACUCGGUUCAAGAAGUCUACGUCGAAGAGGCCGGACGGGCUUGUUUCCUCGGAACGCCUUCUUCUGGCGAUGGCUUCGGGGUGUGCUACUCAGAGGACGUGCCUGUCGUAGACAGCCGAUACCAAGACUCGAUCAACGAGCUGAUGCUGUUCAAGACCGACGCAAACGACUUUGACGUGAUCGUGUACGACAAUGACAACUACAAUCAGCGCGAACCUUCUCCGGUGCACCAAGACGUGGCAAACGGGAACUCUGUCGGGCAUGAGCGGCGCUUCACUGGUUACAGUAAAAUCCACAAGAGGGGUGCAGCACCCAGGGCGAGCAGGGCCAUGCCGAACGGCAUCCGCUCGAUCAAGUUCGCCUAUUUGAAAACGGACUCGGGCAACACGUCCAGCUCACUCACUCCGGCGCCGUAG